AUGGAUCUGCGGUUCCUUCCCGUCCUGGUUCUGGGGUUCUGUCUGAGCAGCUCGGCUCCCACGCAUGAAGAAUGUGAGACGAUGGUGACGCCCAAGUCCCUGGAGGAUCCGAGCCCGUUGUUCCAUCGGUGGACCUUCGUCAUGGGAUUCGCGAAUCAUUCGGUUUAUCAAAACAUGCUGACAACGACUCAAAGCUCAUGGACGAGACUCAGCCAGUUGGCCGACCACAAAGAAAUCGCGAUGCAUCAGUCCAACAAAAUGAAUGAGAAAUGCUUUCACUCACAAACUAACGUAACCAUCGAGGGAAACACUGCCAAGAUUGAGCUCGUCAACGUGACCUCUGAACUCCAGGUCAUACCGACACACUGCGACAAAUGUGUGGCGCUCAAGGUCCACAGCGAGGCCAAACACCUCAACAACGUCCUGCACUUCCUCAACUACACCUUCACCGCCCCGGACGUGUUCCAGAACGAAGCCUUCUAUCUGAUGUCCACUGAGUCCAUGGUGGAAGAGGCCGACCUGGACUAUUUUAAGAAGCAGGCCGCCUGUCUGGGAUUCCACGGAGAACCGGACUUUGUCUACGACCCCAAAAACAGUUUCUGUGAAGAAAACGAAGGACUUCACAUAUAAACAGGUCGACCACAAACCCACGAAAUACAGCGA